AUGCUCAUGAGAAUUGCUGUCUAUGGGAUGAAUCUACAUGCACUCUGGCGGCUCGGUGGCCAUUUGGAUAUCCUGAAAUACGCUCAUGAGAAUGGAUGUCCAUGGGAUAAAUACACAUGCUCUGGUGCUGCCGGGAAUGGCCAUCUGGAUAUCUUGAAAUAUGCUCAUGAGAAUGGCUGUCCAUGGGACAACGGAACAUGCAAGUGUGCUGCUACGGGUGGCCAUUUGGAUAUCCUGAAAUACGCUCAUGAGAAUGGCUGUCGGUGGAAUCGACACACAUGCAGCUAUGCUGCCUUGAGUGGCCACUUGGAAAUCCUUAAAUAUGCCCAUGAAAAUGAGUGUCCAUGGGAUGCACAAGUUUGCACUUUUGCUGCGCAAAGAGGUCGUUUGGAAAUCCUGAAAUAUGCCCAUGAAAAUGGCUGUCUGUGGGAUGCACAAGUUUGCAGUUCUGCGGCUCAAGAAGGCCAUUUGGAAAUCCUGAAAUAUGCCCAUGAAAAUGGCUGUCCAUGGGAUAGCAGCACAACUCAAUUUGCUGCUGGAUGUGGUCGUUUGGACAUUCUAACGUAUGCUCAUGAAAUGGGCUGUCCAUGGGAUGAAGGCACAUCCGCAUAUGCUGCUAUGCGUGGUCAUUUGAACGUUUUUUUAAAAGUUUGCAAUUGAAAACACCUGCCCAUGGAAUGAACAUGAAUUAUUGAGGGGUGGUAGUAGUACACCAGAAGUCAAGGCUUGGCUGGAAGACUAUAUUUCCCAGAGGGAUGUCUGAUUGCGCCUCAACUUAACUCUGAGGAAUUCAACAAGAUAGUUUGGGCAACUAGACUCUAGAUUCUAUAAUCCAGAUGAGGUUGUUACAAACUCUGGGAUCAAACUAUUAAUUUUUGGUGAGGAUCUAGAGCAGGGAACUAAACAUCUAGCUGGAAACAAGUUCAUGUAGGAAACUAAGCCAAGAAGCAAGCAACACAAGCCUCGAAGCCAUCAACCUGUGAGGCAAUCUCACCGCAAGUCACACCAGGGUGAUCCAAGGUUUCCAUCCUUGUGGCGGCAAUGUCCCAUUGAUUUCUAUCAUGCAGAUUGUAUGUUUUUUGAACUAAAUUGCAUCCAUCUCAUGCUUGACUCUUGGCCCAAUCAGGAAUAUCAUCACUGGAUAACCACUCUAAUUCUUCUGCAGUGCUCUCUCUACCAAGUUUUUUGUUGCGGUGAGGAUAUCUUCCAAAUUGAUCAAUGACUGUCUUGUGAUCCAGUUCCAUGUCUUUGGUGCUCUGAAAGGACUGUUUCAUGUGAUCUGGCGCCACUUCCACACUAAAAUCCGCGACCUCUACAGCCAGGUCAUGGUCAUUGGGCAGUUCGGAAUGCAUCAGCGGUGAAAUGAUGAACUGCAAGUAGGGAGGGUACACAAUGCCUUGCAAUGAUGGUAGAAUAAUGCCACUGUUGUCAGGACGGCUGCUGCUGGUUGUCGAACUAAUUAAUUCUUGUGACAUUUCUCGUGCAAUUUCCAUGGCCCCUUCGUCUCCAGCGAAUGCCUCUUCGGUGCCUCGAAAGGCAUUGCGUGCCAGUUGAUCACAGAGUACAAUUUGUGCCAUUUUGCCAUCCACAGUGGUGUGCCAAUCGUCGUCGUCUUGCUGCAACAAGCGCCCCUGGUUGGCGGUUCGAAUGACGUCUUUGAACUUUUGGCAAAGGACAUCGUAUUCGGUUCCACCGGCAUACCAAAAGGGCAUCAUUUCUUGAAAGGUGGAUCCUGACUGCAUGGAUUGGACAUGGCUGGGAUCAUGGUAGUCGACAUUCUGUCAAAAGAAAUAAAUACAGAGAACUCUCGUGUUGGUGGCAAGUUUGGUGGCGUCGUGGCGUCAUCGGGACACCAGCUACGGUGGUACCGUGUUUGCAAUUGAUAUUGGAAAACCCAAAACACCCGAAGCAUUCAACAGAAACAACCUGCAUUGCCAGAUCUGGCAACAAAAUAAUUUUUCGACUUACAAAGAAGAAGGAGAGGACCGAAGCCACCUGGAAAGGAUUUUUGAAUGAUUUCCGAAUGAAAGCUUGAGACGCAAACGAGUGCACCUGUUGGACUGUUGGACCGAACGCCAUGCUGCUUCGUGUAGACUCGAAUCGACUCAGGAUAGGAUAGAUCUAUGUGCGAUGUGUUUUGUAAGAUCAUUCUUGAGUAUCCAUUACUGAUAGCAGACACGGAGAAGUCAAGGUUUGCUUUUCCGGGCAACCGUUGUCGGAGGGUGAUGGUGGCAUUGUUGGAUGGAUCUUUGGAAAAUUCGAUUUGCUUCUUUUCACGGUGACUGACGUCAGUUAUCGAACUCAUCGCAAUCACAGAACCUGGCAGCUGACCGUUACUCUCCACCCAUCAUCUGCACCCUGACAUAGAUAGAAUAGCACAAGGAAA